AAAUGAAUCGUCGACAGAGGAGGAGUUAAUGACCUCGAGCGAAUCAACGGCAUCCUCGCAAAAGAGAGAGAGAGUGCAGAGAAUAAAGUUGAUCAAAAGAAACAGCAGCACUAGAUAGACACGCACAUCGGACAUACCCCUCCCCCUCCCCACAAGCACCCAGUUCCCAGAGCGGCGCGGCGAGGCGCAGUAGAACAAGCUAGAAGAACAAUGGAUCAGCAGCCCAAGAUGCAGCGGGAGGAGGAAGAGGAAGAAGGCAGCCUCAAGGAAUCGACGGGUCGGCGCACGGAGGAAGAGGAACCGGUGGAUCGGCGUGAAGAAGAGGAGAAGAAGGGCCCUCAAGAACCGACGACGCACCCGCGCGAGGCGGCGGCAGAUGAGGAGAAGGAGAAGGAGAAGGAGAAGGAGGACAAGGAGAGGAGCUCUGAUGAAGACGAAUCCAUGGCGGCGGCGGCGGCGGUGUUCUUGCACCCGUGCUCGCUGCUGCAGUACGUGGUCCGGGCCUUGGCCUGCCGCCUGGGCAUCAGCGACCCGUUCGGGGGCACCGGCACGAAGCCAAGCGCUGACUCUGCUGCACCUCCUCUUGGUCCCUCUGAAGAAGGACAGGAUGCAGACCAGAAAAAUCCCGGCACUGCUACUGGGUUUUACAUGCAGGGUGUGAUCACAACCAGCGUGCGGGCGGUGAGGAGGACGCGCCCGCCCGGGCCCGACAAUCCGGUCGAAGGGAGCGGCGGCAACGGCGGGCAUCACCAUUAGCGCUCAUCGUACGUCUCGUCUCAAACCUUGGCGCUGCUGCAUGCAGUGGAUUUGCCGUCUCUGUCUACCUGCAGCUUCCAAAAGCAGCUCGUUAAUUUGUGUACAAGUACUACUACUGUGGUUCAGAUCAAAAUUACGUCGAGUUUAUCUAGUGUUUGGGCACUUGGCUGAUCUUUUCGCCCAAUAAGAACCGUACUGCGUGUGUUAUACAGUAUACAGUAGUACUACUGUACCGUGUUAGCUAGUGCAGCUGUAGUUAAUUUGUGUGCUCUGUAAGCUGAAACAUGAACUUUAUGUGCUAACACUGCUAGUCUUCAGUCUGUUGCAUGCUUGCAUUACAGUGUUGUGCAUCGGUGCUAUGAUCGAAAGGUAUAUGUUCCAAGUA